UAUUCUGCCACGCGCCCUUCGUAUUCGAUCGAGCGUGUCAAAGGGUUGCCAAUUAUUGUUGUGAUUCCACAUCAAGGAGCUGCGUAACGACAUAAUUCGAGAUGGAUGGCGCUCCAUCUGCAUCCAAAACAUCACCUGGCGUGGCAAACGACUUUGCACCUGCAGGAAACCAAGACGCUGCAAAGGCAAGCACCUCGUCCUUGGCGCCGCAAUCGCCACCGCCAUCGCUGCCUGCAUCACUAGCCGCAGCUAGCACGGGAGCCAGCCCUCCGUCUGACAUGGAUGAAGACCAACGCUCCAGCGAGCGGCAGCUUGAGGAGGCAGAACGACGCAAAGCAGAGCGCGACAGGACUAAUGAGAGGGCCACGAUGGAGGCACGCAUUGCUGCGGUCGCCAAGCAGCGCGAUGCCAAGACAGAUCGGAUGAUCGACCGACUGAAGAAAGGUGACGAACAACUCGCGAAUCUCCUUUCGCAAGCAGCCGACUCGCUCUCAGCGCUUCUACCUAGGCGGCAUAGCAGCGCUGUUGGUAUCGAUCCGGGUCUCACAAACGACCCGAAUGACCUCGACGAGGCAGAUGCCGAUGAAUUUGAGAAGAAGGCGCAGGACUGGUUUACGGGCCUCAAUGAAGUGCAAACGAACAUGCGAGCUGCAGUGCAUCACCUGAGGCGAUCAAAACUGCCCCCUUUAACACCAAACGCAUCAAGCGUAUCACAAGCGUCAGGGCAGCUCGGGUCAGCAGAACGAGGCGAUAGUCUACGCCUGCUUGACCAAGUCGCACAAGGCGGCAGCAGCAGCAGAGAUACAAGCUUGAGCACCGAAGAGGAGUCAUUGAGCGUCAGUGCGCUGCGUUUGGAAGAACAGGGAUGGAAAGGCCUCAGCAAGGCGCUAGGCGAGAUCCACACGCAAAGACAAGUCGAAAGCGCAGGCGGGCAGGCGUCCAGUAGAAGCGGUCCAGGGACCGGCUCUUCGACGCCACUCACCAGGCCCAUCUCGCCUGUGGUAGAUCCGCGCGCAGCGGAAGCGGACCAACAGAUGCGAAUACAAGGCACGGCGGGCAAGAUCCUAUCCCACUUGGCGACGAGCGAUGCCAGGCUGCUCGAUGCGCUCCUAAAGAGCGGCGCCUGAUCCUCUGCAGCUGCCACGGGCGAUGCCCCAAAGCAUGCACCAAGAAAGUGAUCCGGCGCUUACAGCAGUGGGUGUGGCACAAUCACGAGCAGACGAUCGCAUAGUUUUCCUUUACC